AACGCGAUCUCUGCCUCUGCCAAAGCACGAAUCGCAGCUGCGUGUGCGGGGACGCACCACCGCGCGCACCAACUCGGUCGUACACAACAUUGUCGUGGUAGUAGGCAGUGUUAACGCGCGUGCCGCAAGCGUCGCUGUUCGUUCAUUUCGUACCGCUCGCUUACAGCUCGCUUGCUCUCGCGCUUCUCCACGCAUACGCAUACGCACGCACGCACGCACCUACGCACGCACGCACGCGAACGCAUUCGUAUACACGUGCCGCAGGAAACCGAGAGAGGACCGUUUCGGACGAAUCGCGCACGCCGCCUCCGGGGCUUCAGUAGGCUGUUGACUGUUGGCCGCGGUCCCGCGACCGUGCGAUAAUACUUCACUCUUCCACAUUCAUCCCGACACCGUUCGCCUGCGUAGUUGUCGCGAGCGCAUGAUAAUAUUAUAUCACUAGUUUUCACUAUUCCCUAUUUCUCUAUCUCACUCUUUCCCUCACUCUUUCGAUCUAUCUCGGUCUCUCUCUCUCUCUCUCUCUCUCCCUCUCUUUCUUUCGUUUCCCAUCUCCGCGGAACAGUUGCCGCUAAUCAUCUUCCAUUAGUAAUGCACCGACUCUGAGGUGAGUGCAGACUCUCUUUGGUCAAUCUCAACUUUAUCAGUCCGACACUUCCGUGUCGCGAUUCCACAGUUUGUGCUUGUACUGUAUUUGCAUUCCGGUGGAAUGCUUCGAUGAAAAUGGCUCAACUUUGGGACAAAUCGCAAAAGCAAUGGAUUAAAAAUUUUUGGCUCAAUCUCAAAACCAACAAAAAAAACGCCGGUGAAAAAGUUUUGGGCCAUGUCUCUGACAUGGUAGAACUGAUCAAUGGAGAAAUUCCGAUAUUGAGUUCAUCAGGCGGAGGAGAAUCUACUGAUUUCGUACGAGUUGGCAUCGACUGCACACUUAGCCCAUUGAAACCCGCGGCCGCGGCUACGUCAACGACCGCCACUUCAUACUAUAACAAUCAUCAACAACAAACACAAAAACAACAACACUCGACCAUUAUCAGUACGGAACACGCUACCGAAGGAUCGGCUACAACGAUCAAGCGCGUUGUGUGCAGCCCUGAUCUACCAGUUUUCACCAUAACGCCAGUUGUCGAAGAGGCAGCCGUGGCCAUCGAGUCAGCUAAGGCGGUGAAGGUAGCUUCGCCGGACGUACCGCCGUCACAGACCGGGUCGGGCGCCGUGGCGGCAACGGACAAAUCGUUAAAGUGCAACGUGUGCCAAAAAGUGUUCAUGCAGAAGAACGCAUUUCAAAAUCAUUUGAAAUCCCACGUGAAAGACUCGACGUCCGACGGGCCGUUCCAAUGCAACUACUGCAGCAAAUCGUUCACAGUGCCGGCCCGGCUGACACGGCACUACAGGACGCAUACAGGUGAAAAACCGUACAAAUGUGAGUACUGUGACAAGCCGUUCUCGGUCAAGGAGAACUUAAGCGUGCACCGGCGCAUCCACACUAAGGAACGGCCGUACAAGUGUGACGUGUGCGAACGGGCGUUCGAGCACAGUGGCAAGCUCCACCGUCACAUGCGCAUACACACGGGCGAACGGCCGCACAAGUGUUCGUUCUGCGACAAAACGUUCAUACAGAGUGGUCAGCUGGUCAUCCACAUACGGACCCAUACGGGCGAAAAACCGUAUGUGUGCAAGACUUGCGACAAGGGGUUCACGUGUUCCAAACAGCUCAAGGUGCACACGCGGACGCACACGGGCGAGAAACCAUACUCGUGUGACAUUUGUGGCAAGUCGUUCGGCUAUAAUCACGUGCUCAAGCUGCACCAGGUGUCCCAUUACGGCGAGAAGGUGUACAAGUGCACCAUCUGCAACGGCACGUUCACGUCGAAAAAGACCAUGGAAAGUCACAUUAAAAGCCAUUCGGAGAACAGUGGCGGGGGUGCGGCCGCGUCCGGCAGUCCGGCGACGAGUUCUGUGGCGGUUCCGGGUGCCGUGGCCGUCGAGGUGACGGUCCUCAAUAACAAGGACGGGUUGAUGGCGUUUGAAGGCGAAACCUCGUCGGGGUGCGGCAGCGACAAGGAGAACAAGUCGGCUUCGGCCGCGGCCGCGGCCGUCUUGCUGCAGCUAUCCGAUGAACGCGGCGGCGGUGAAGGUGGCGGUCUACAGCAACCGGUGGUGGAAGACGACGACGGUAAAUCGGAUGAAGACGAAAACGACGAAGACGGAAUGAUGGUGAUGGGCUCGGGCGAUGUGGACACGGAGCUCAAUAAACUGUGUCAGUACUUGUACCCGAGGCUGCCCGGUGGCCGGAAACGCGGUGGGUACGACGUGGCCGCUGUUGGAGAUUACGACGGUCACCGUCAAGACAACGACGACGACGACGACGAGUACAAUUGCGAUCAACCGCCAAGUCCGGCUAGCAGUUCUUCGGGUUCGAUGGCUCUCACCAUGGACGAGUCGCCGCCGCCGUUGUCCAAGUCUUCGGCUGGGCGUCGAAAACAGUCGUUCCACACCAUGCAAACAGCAGCGCAACGGCAAACACAGCAGCAUGUCGAAUACGCCAUGAUGAUGAUGUCUGACAACCACGAGCGCGUCAUGUCGCCACCGCCCGUCGGGUACGCGGUCGCUGCCGAGAUACCGCCGGUCGUGUCGUUGCCCGCGGCACCGUCGCCAUCACCAACACCGCCGUCGCCACCGCCUACGAACGAUAGGGACCACCUGAGCUUGCCACCACGGAAACGGUCGAAAAUGAUACUGAAAUCGAUGGAGAGUACCGCCAAGAAAGAAGCUCAAUGUAGCAGAUACAGCUCAGUCAUACAAUACGCUAACAAAGCUUCAAUGUAAUACAUAAUACUAUCAUCACAAUUAAUAUUAUUUUACUGAAUAAUAUUACUAUUAUUAUUAUUAUUAUUAUUAUUAUUAUUAUUUCAUAUUGGAAUAAUAUACGUAGGAGUUUCGUACUACUCGCAAAUGUCCCAAAUCUUUUUUGAAACGUACAUCUUUAAUUAUUUAUCUUUAUUAUCACAAAAGUCAACUUAAGUAUAAUUUUUUUCGUCAUUAGUGUUAAACAAAAGAAACAUUUAUUAUUUUAGGAUCUGUGAUAUGAUUAUACAUUAUUUACCAAAAUAUUAUUAGUUGAACCGCAAGAAAGGGGGAACGACGCAAGGAGAGUUAUAAUAGUUGUUAUCAAAAACAGGAGUAUAUAUUAUUAUUUUCUACGUUUUAGAACUAAUUGUAUUAUUAUUAUUAUUUAUUUUUUAACAAAUAUUUCGAUUCCUCGAGUGUGUUUCCCUCGGAGGUUCCUUUCGUAUAUAUUUACGACUUUUCUUUUAGUCUAUGGGAAAAUAUGCUGUGUAUGCAUUAUUAUUAUUAUUAUUAUUUUUUUUAAUGCAAUUUUAGUCUAUAUUUCUAUAUUUAUAUAAAUCUAUAUUUAUAUUUAUAGAGAAUAAUUAAAUCAUACGGGUAGUAGUUAAUUACAUUGUCUCGCUAGAGAAACAAAAAGUCUGUCGAGCAGUUUUGCCAAUAUAAUUAUUAUUGAUAUUAAAUUGCAUUUUUGAACUAUCUAAAUGCAAUAAGUUGUGUAGUUUCAUUGUUUUUUUUUUUUUUUUUUUUUUACUAGGUGUAUAGGAAUAAGCAUAACUAUUAUUAAUACAAUUAUAAAAAUACAAAAUGUAAAUCAUCUACCUCAUUUGUAUGCCUUAUAUAUUAAUUGCCUACUAUUAGAAAAAAAAAGUACAAAUCAUAUAUCCUAAAGUGACGAACUCACUAAGGACCAAUUUAUAUUUAAUUAAUUAUAUUUAUUAUGUAUGUAUAUAAUAUGUAUGUGUGGGUAAGACGUGGGAUUUACACAACACACACACAUUACAUAUAUUAUUUAUCAUUCAGUAGACUCUUGUUAUGAUAUCAUGUUAAGAUGUCUUGAUAUCUCACAUUUUACAAUAUAUUAAACUUUUGAAGUGUUUUUUUAUUAAAUUUUUAAAUUUUGGGAUACUCUUGAGUCUACUGUAUUAUUAUAAACUUAUUUAGUUAUAAACAAAUUUUUUUUAUGAUAUAUCAGCAUCAAUCAACAAUAUGAAUAUUGUACGAAAUUAAUUUUUAAUAAUAUGUAAAUACAUUGACUGUUUUUGUUUCUAUAUGCAUAUAUAAUUCAUAUAGGUACGAAUUGGACGUAAAUGUACUGAUUUCGGAUCUCUUAUACCUUUGUAAAAGCUAUAGUAGCACUAAUAUUUUUUUGAGAAAUAUGAUGAAUUUAAUGUUCUUACUACAAAAUCUUUGUUAAUUAGUACAUACCUCUACUGUGUUGUUUACUAAACAUAAAUAUAGAACAAUUAUGAUGUUUACUAUUUUAAGAAAAUUAAAUCAACUAGAAAUGUCCGUAUUUUAAGUAAAAAAAAUUUAAAUACCGUAAUUUUGAAUACAACUACGCAGACGUACACGGUACGUGUAUUAUAAACGUUAUUAUUAGAAUAUAAUAAACAUUUAUUUAUAGCUUAUGUUUAAAAGACAUUAGUAAUAUGAUUGUCGUUUAAUUAAUAAGUAGUUUUAUUAAAAAAAAAAAAAAAAAAUAUGUAUGUUAAAAAUGUUUAUUAUUAUUUGUUUGCAUUUAUUUAACUUAUUAUAUAAUACGGGUAAACUUGUUCAACUGAUGGUGCAAAUAUAUUAUAUUCUUAUAGUGAACAUUAAUGUAACCUCGUAUGAGUAUCAAAUGCUUUUUAUUUCCAUUGAUUUUGUUUAAUCUUUGUUUGAAAAUGAAGAAAAUCAUAUUUAUUAUUAUUAUUUUUUUUUUUUUAAUCUUUAAAGUAGUUAAUAUAAAAUUUUAACAUUGUUUAAAACUUCUGAAAUCACAUAAUAUGUGUGUCUUAAAAGUUUGGAAACUUUAUAUACGUUAUUUCUAUUGUCGAUGUUUUCCUAGUUUUUGAUUAACACACGUUAUAUGAUUUUGGGGGUAUGACAACGAUGAAAAUGUUUGUACCUCUAUACAAUAUUAUUACGUAGACAUUAAAUUUAUAUACCUAUAGUCUAAUGUUUUAUCUUUAGGAAUACUUGAUUUAGUAAAUAGUAUAUUAAUUAUUAUAA